UUUUUGUCCCCCCUUCCUGAAUGCUCUCUGCAUCUGUGCCCACACUUCGCAGCAGCCAUGCGCUGGUGCGCUCUGCCAUGACUGCCGCAGUCCGCGCUGCCGCUGCUCCUGCCGCUGCUCCUUCUGCUGCUUCCACCCCAGCGCCUUCCGCUCUGAUCAAUGCUGCUCAAUCGCGCUCGCUCUCUGCGCACGCCGCCGCUCGCCCGUCCGCCGCUCACCGUGCUGCCACGACUCAAACUGUCUCGGCGCUGUCGGCUUCCCGUUUGACCGCUCGAUCGAUGCGUUCGUUCCACACAUCGACUGCUGCUUCGGGCAUCGUGCCGUUCAACCUGGCAGACAUCGGUGAAGGCAUUGCCGAGGCUGAGGUCCUCCAGUGGUUUGUCAAUGUCGGCGACAAGGUCGUCCAGUUUGACAAGAUCUGCGAGGUGCAGAGUGACAAGGCGACGGUAGAAAUCACCUCGCGUUACGAAGGCACUGUUGCCAAGCUGUAUUACAAGGUGCACGACAUGGCCAAGGUUGGCUCCGUGCUGGUUGAUAUUGAUGUUGCGGGAGCUGCUGGUGCUGGAUCUGCCGCGCCAUCCGCUACUCCUGCUGCUGCGGCUGCAUCUGCCACAUCUGCCUCCUCUGCCUCCUCCUCUGCUGCUGCUGCUGCUGCUGCUCCCGCUGCUGCCGCGUCGGAUGCUCUCAGUCUUGCCACCCCGGCCGUUCGUCGGCUAAUAAAGGAGCACAACCUGUCGCUCAAGCAGAUUGUCGGCACUGGCCGUGACGGUCGUGUUCUGAAGGAGGACGUCCUGAACUUUGUCGCCAACGGUGGUCGCUCUGCCGCCCCCGCUGCCGCCGCCCCCGUUGUUGCUGCAGCGCCUGCAUCGACUGCCUCUGCUGCCGCCAGCACCGCCACCACCGCUACUCCUGCAGCAGCCCCAGUUUCGGUGGCACCUGUCCGAGGCGAUCGUGUGGAGCCCAUUCGUGGCUUCAAGCGCACCAUGAUCAAGUCGAUGAAUGCCGCCAACCUCAUUCCCCACUUUAACUACUGCGACGAGAUUGUCAUGAACCGCCUCAUCUCCUUCCGUACCGACCUGAAGCCCUUGGCAGAGUCGCGUGGCGUCAAGCUGACGUACAUGCCCAUCAUGAUCAAGGCUGCGUCGCUUGCCCUCCUGCGCUACCCCAUCCUCAACUCGUCGCUGAACGCCGACGCUACCGAAAUCACAUACAAGGGAUCGCACAACAUUGGUGUCGCAAUGGACACUCCUGGAGGCCUCGUUGUCCCCAACAUUAAGAACGUCCAGGACAAGUCCAUUUUCGAGGUCGCAGCGGAACUCAACCGCCUGCAGCAGGCGGGCUCCAAGGGCCAGCUUCGCGCCGAAGACUUGACCGGUGGCACGUUCACGCUGUCGAACAUUGGCACCGUUGGCGGCACCUACAUGAAGCCCAUUAUUGUCGUUCCCGAGGUUGCCAUCGGCGCCAUUGGCAAGAUCCAAAAGCUCCCUCGCUUCAACGAAGACGAUUCCGUCUAUGCCGCACACAUCAUGCAGGUCAGCUGGUCGGCCGAUCACCGCGUCAUUGAUGGCGUCACCAUGGCCAGCUUCUCCAACUUGUGGAAGUCCUACAUUGAAAACCCCCAGAGCAUGGUUGUGGACCUCAAGUAAACAUUGCCUUGCUUGUCCAUCAUCCUGUUUUCGGUUUUCAACUGCUAUGUGAUUUGUCUCUUCCGCAAAAUCCCACCCCCCAUUGUUUUGUCACCUUACCGCAAUAAAUAACACUGAACGCCAAAAACAC